CUGAUCGAUUAGUUGAUCUGAUCUCACUUUACACCUUUUACGAUUUAUGAACAUUGAACAAUGAAAAAACCAUGACUGGUUAUUAAAAAAAGCGAUUCUAUUACGGCGCUCGAGUCAUUAUUCGUCUGUUCGGGUAUCAGUGCCGUAUCGUUCAUUUGAAUUGUGUAAAAUUGGUACUAAACAAAUUUAUACUUGAUCAUCUUGUCGAGUCCCAGAAAAAAACAAGCAUUAUACAUCCCAAUUAUGCCCCUUGGCAUCAUUCUUUAAUUGUUACGAUCGAUAUUUUUGACCGACUUUUAAUCAAUUCCGAAUAUCAAUCUAGACCUACCUGGGUACUUUAAUGUCUCAAAACACCAAUUCCACCGGUGCACCGAUACAACCGUCUUCCAAGAGCAUGGCGGCGGCCCCGAAGUUGAAUUCGCAAGACAUGGAGAUGGGGAACCUCGACGCGCCCCCGUCCGAACCGGACGUCAUGCAACUUGCAAGAGUAGGAGAUAUACCGGGCAUGGAGAAGCUCUUCGAGUCAUCCGAUGUCGACGCGACUUAUACAGAUGAUGAGGGGAUCACGCCGCUUCACUGGGCUGCUAUCAACAACCAGUUUACGAUGUGCAAAUUCCUUAUCGAGAAAGGUGCCGAUAUAAAUAAGAAGGGAGGAGAAAGCGUUGCGACGCCGUUACAAUGGGCUGCUCAACGGUCCAACUAUUACACCGUAAACCUUCUUAUCCAACACGGCGCCGACCCGCUCAUUACCGAUGCCCAAGGGUAUAACACAUUACACAUCUCGACCUUUAGUGGAAAUGUUUUAUUAGUGGUGUUGUUGUUACACCAGGGUAUUCCCGUCGACGUAGCCGAUUCUUAUGGCCACACAUGCCUUAUGUGGGCUGCAUAUAAGGGUUUCCCGCAAUGCGUAGACCUCUUCUUACGAUGGGGCGCGAGCGUACAUGCGACGGAUGAGCAGGGCUUCACUGCGUUACACUGGGCAUUGGUUAAGGGAUCCCCCCCGUGCAUCUUAAAGCUCUUAGAAUACGGUUCGGAUCGGUUUGCGAAGACGACAACGGGCAAAACUCCUGCAAUAACGGCUAAAGAUCUCAACACUGUCAACGCCUGGCAGCGAGCUUUGAAAGAGUGUGGCUAUGAUGAGGACGGACAUUCCGUGACACCCUGGUGGCCUGGAGCGUCUUUCUUCCUUAAGGACAAGCGAGGGUUCAUGAAUAAGUUCUUAUUCCUUUUGCCCACCCUGUUACUGUGGAUGGAGUUGAUGGUUAUGAGCCACCUCCCCAUCCUCUUGUCUGUUCCGAUAGCGCUUGUUGUAGGGUUCGGUUUUCAGUGGAUUACGAAUCAAGUCCUGGAAUAUGCGCCACCGGAUAUGAGGCAUCUGCAUAGAACGCCAUGGUUAGCCGGUAUCUUUGCAGCAUCAUUGUUCCUGUUAGGCACACGGUGGAUUCUUACUGUAUUUCCUGCGACCUUCUCAGCUCACCCGUUGCUCAACUUUUUCCACAUCGCCACAUACAGUCUCACAGCUUAUUUUUAUGCUGCAUGCAUGGUAUUCGACCCUGGAUAUGUUCCAAAACUCAACGGAAUCGCGGAGCAGAAAGCGGUCAUUGAUGAGUUGAUAAGUCUGUGGAAAUUCGAUGAAUCUAAUUUCUGCGUCACUUGCAUGAUCCGCACUCCUCUUCGGAGUAAGCAUUGCAGACGAUGCCAACGAUGUGUCGCGAAACAUGAUCAUCACUGUCCUUGGGUAAACAAUUGCGUCGGCGUGAACAAUCACCGUCACUUCUUCAUGUACCUAAUCAACCUAGUCUUUGGCAUUGUAUCCUUCGACUGGCUGCUGUAUUACUAUUUUUCCGAGCUUCCCAAGUCGGAUUCUCACGAUUGCCUUAUCCUGUCAGAAGCCAUAUGCUCCGUUAUCAGUAACGAUUCGUACACGGUGGCAAUUGGCUUGUGGGCAACUCUACAGCUUACGUGGGUGGGCAUGCUUAUUUUCGUACAGUUAGUACAGGUUGCCCGUGCUAUGACCACGUAUGAGAAUAUGUACGGUGUACAGGAUGGUUCAGCAACGUCGUUGGGCUCUGCUUUCACGAGCACUGGAGCACCUCUCGACCCCAACCAUCCCGAUGCCACACCUCCGUCUGCAGCUGCCGAUCCUCUUGGAACUGGUCGCGGAGGACACAACCACAAGCAUAAGAGCUUCGUCUCCCAAUGGAGUCGUAUUCUCGGCGUCGACACGUUUAUCGAGACGGCUACAGGCCGGGGUGCUGCCACAGGCAAUAACAAGCGCAAGAAGCGGAACCCUUACAGCAAGGGUAUGGUUCAAAACUGCCGCGACUUUUGGUGCGAUCCUGCUCCCCUCUUCGGUCGUAGGGAAACGGGCGACGCGGUGCUCGGCGGGGAGAAGAUCAACUACACCGAGGUCUACGAGAGUCCGGCGGCGAUGGGCCUAGGUCUCAGUGGCGCCAGCUCAAGCGGGCGGAGGAGAGGCGGUUACGAGACCGUGGCGAACGAGGAGGUGUAAGGCGUAUAUGACGAGGUAUGCGGUGAUAGAUACACGAGUCGCUUACGUUAACAUGACUUGGUACUACUGACGAAUAUUGAAUUUCUGGGCUUUCGCGCGCGCGGCGCUAGCGUUACGCGGCUGGGGUAUGACACUAGAGUGUACAGUAGGUAGUUAGUCCGCGGCAUUCAAAGCGUCUCGGUACGGUACCCUUGGUAGGUCGGUCGGUCUCGCAUAGAUAGGUGUAUGAAAGUAACUAUGGGAUUAUUGAUUGACUUUUUUGAUCUUGAGAGGGCUUGGUGUAUUGAGUAAUUGGAAUGUUUGCGUGUUUGUGCUUCUGGUUUUACUUAUACUUACCUAGGUGUUUUAGGUGACGAGGAAGAAUAGCAGUAGUGUGAUACGAACAUCUUCGUGUUUUGGGAGAAUUUGGGGUUAGGGAUAGGGUUAUGGUUGAGAAUGGGGUUAGGGUAUAACCCUGAUGAUCCUUACCCUGGGGUUAUUACUAAUCGUCACAUCC